CAUCUUGAGCGGGUGUGAUGGAAGGAAACAGGACCCUGCUGACUGAGUUUGUUCUCAGAGGAAUAACAGAUCGUCCAGAGCUGCAAGUCCCCCUGUUCCUGGUGUUCUUCUUCAUCUAUGUCAUCACCAUGGUGGGCAACCUUGGCUUAAUCUUUCUCAUCUGGAAGGACACCCAUCUUCACACUCCCAUGUACCUUUUCCUUGGAAAUUUAGCCUUUGCUGAUGCCUGUACUUCAUCCUCUGUGACUCCAAAGAUGCUCAUGAAAUUUUUAAACAAGAAUGACAUGAUAUCCAUGGGUGAGUGUUUUGCCCAAUUUUAUUUUUUUUGUUUCAGUGCAACAGCAGAAAUUUUCCUCCUGGUAGCAAUGGCCUAUGAUCGCUAUGUAGCAAUAUGCAACCCUCUGCACUAUGCAGUUGUGAUGUUCAAAAGACUCUGCACUGUGUUAAUAAGUAUGUCAUAUAUAAUUGGUAUCCUAAAUCCUAUAGUUCAUGUGGGAUUAUUAUUCAGAUUAACUUUCUGUAAGUCCAAUAUAAUUGACCAUUUCUACUGUGAAAUCAUGCCACUCUACACAAUCUCUUGCACUGAUCCAUCUCUUAAUGCACUGGUGGCUUUCAUUUUUGCUUCUUCCAUACAAAUCAGUACCUCUGUGACUAUUGUAGUCUCUUAUGCCCGUGUUCUAUUUGCUGUCGUGAACAUGAAGUCUAAGAAGGGCAGACAGAAAGCCUUCUUCACCUGCAGUGCCCACCUGCUUUCUGUCUCUUUGUUCUAUGGCACUCUCCUCUUCAUGUAUGUAAGUCCUGGGUCUGCAUCAGGCAAACACCAGAAUAAAAUGUAUUCAUUGUUCUACACAGUUGUGAUUCCUCUUCUAAACCCUUUUAUUUACAGCUUAAGAAACAAGGAAGUUUUAAGUGCUCUGAAGAAAGUCAUAAAAUGAUCACUGUCUUCUGAAAUUUUCAGGUGUUUCUGUAUGUUUUUUUUCUCUUUUGAAGUAUAUCAUACUAUUUGAUAGUGUGUUUUGAAAAUAAUAAAAAAAUCUUACCUAUUGUUAGAGUGCACACACCUGUCUGUUAUGAAAUUAUUAAAAUAUUCAG